GGAUGAGUGUUCAACAUUGAUACAAAAUGUUCAGAACACAGUUAGUUUCAAUUCAAACGUGAUAUCGGUUGUAUUUAAAAUAUUAUUUUCAAGUUUCAUGUUGUUUACUACCCCAAUUUUUAAAUUAAUUAACUGUAGAACAGUUUAUGAGUGAGUUUAUAAACAUAUUUGAUUAAUAAAAAAUAAGUGUGGUUAAAAGUGGUGAUAAAGGUUAAAACUGAAACAUAACCUAACUUAUAUCUGACAAACGUACACAUAAUUAAUAUAAUAUAAGUAAUGGUGAUAGUGAAUGUGUAUUUAUUCGACUAAAUAAAUUUUCCAAGAAAACUACAAGAUUUUCGAGUGUUAUUCUUAAGGAACGGUAAUAUGGGAAUUAAGUUUUACUGUUGUUCAUCGACCUAGAUUUUAACUGUUAUAAAUAACGUUCGUACGAGGAUUUCCUACUUUUUAUUCUAGAAAGAGUGUUUUAGUACUUUCUUUCAAACAAUGAUAACGAGUGUUUAGUAAAGUGCGUGGCAAAAAUAAAGGAAACCAAACAUGCGUUGCCAUAAGAAAACAAAUGAAAGCGGGUUUUUUGAAGGUGAUUCCUCGGACACAGACGGUUUAAACAUGGGUAAAGCCCUAAAAAGGACUAAAGUUUUUACUGCAUCCAGCGACUGCAAAAGAAAAAUCGAAUACACGGCCGAAGAACUAGAAACCCACAUUAAACCCUUGGAGCAAGCAAAAAAAGUAAAUUUGUCUGGUGUGGAGAGAGUGGACAUGUCCCAUUUCGAUCUGCUCAAAGUAUUAGGAACUGGAGCGUACGGUAAAGUGUUUCUAGUGCGAAAAAGAGGCGGCAGCGACGAUGGUCGCCUAUACGCCAUGAAGGUGCUGAAAAAGGCCACCAUCGUGCAAAAGAGAAAGACCACCGAGCACACGAAAACCGAACGACAAGUCUUGGAGGCAGUCCGAGAUAAUCCAUUUCUAGUUACCCUGCACUAUGCCUUCCAAACAGAUGCCAAACUACACCUCAUACUCGACUACGUAGCUGGAGGUGAACUUUUUACGCAUUUAUACCAAAGAGAACAUUUUACUGAAGAUGAAGUUCGUAUUUAUAUAGGAGAGAUUAUCCUGGCCCUGGAACACCUCCAUGCGCUGGGAAUUAUCUACAGAGACAUCAAAUUGGAAAAUAUCCUGGUGGACGAAUCCGGACACGUGGUCCUGACAGAUUUUGGUCUUAGCAAAGAACUGCCAAGAGCUCAGAGCGAUAAAAGGGCCUACUCGUUUUGCGGGACCAUUGAAUACAUGGCACCGGAAGUGGUCAAAGGUGGCACCCAAGGACACGAUAUUGCUGUUGAUUGGUGGUCAGUGGGAGUACUAACGUACGAAUUAUUGACUGGGGCUUCCCCAUUUACGGUAGAGGGCGAGAGGAAUACUCAGCAAGAAAUUUCAAGGAGAAUACUCAAAACCACACCUCCCAUACCAGAAAGUUUGGGUAAAGAUGUAGCCGAUUUUAUCAGUAAAUUAUUAGUAAAAGACCCAAGAAAAAGGUUGGGCGGUGGAAAGGAAGAUGCCAAAGAACUAAAAAGACAUUCGUUUUUCAAAAACCUCGACUGGAAGAAAUUGGAACGUAAAGAAAUUCCUGCACCCUUUAAACCGGUCAUCAGAAACGAGCUUGAUGUGUCCAACUUUAGCGAAGAGUUUACUGCGAUGCCGCCCACCGACUCCCCUGCAGUGGUUCCUCCAAACUACGAUAAAAUCUUUAAAGGGUAUUCUUACGUGGCUCCGUCGGUGCUUUUUUCGAAAAACGUCAUAUCCGAAGAAUUCCUUAAACCCAACAAAGAACAUGACAGCACUUCCCUAUUAAAUUGCAAACUAAACAACUCGCCGUUCUUCCAAGCGUACGAAAUAGACUUGAACGAGGACAUCCUAGGCGAUGGCACAUUUUCGGUGUGCAGGAGGUGCGUGCAAAAGAGCACGGGAAAGGAGUUUGCCGUAAAAAUAGUCAGCAAAUCGAGAGAUUGCACGCAAGAAAUCAAUUUGUUGAGAGCUUGCCAAGGACACGAAAAUGUCGUGAAGCUGCAUACGUUCAUACAGGACGAUCAUUUUAAUUAUUUGGUUUUGGAGUACCUGAAGGGAGGCGAACUAUUCGAUAGAAUCAAAAAGAAAUCAAAGUUCACCGAAUGCGAGGCCUCGUCGAUACUGAGAAAGCUCGUUAGAGCUGUCAGUUUCAUGCAUUCUCGCGGUGUAGUGCACAGGGAUUUAAAGCCCGAAAAUUUAGUCUUUACUUCGACCGAUGACGACGCUGAAAUAAAGAUAAUCGACUUUGGAUUCGCCAGGUUGAAAAUCGAGAAGGAGGCUCUGCACACGCCCUGCUACACGUUGCACUAUGCCGCUCCCGAAGUAUUAAAAGGCGACCCAGAAGGCUACGACGAAAACUGCGAUCUCUGGAGUCUGGGCGUCGUCCUCUACACGAUGCUCAGCGGCAAAGCGCCUUUCCACGCGAGAUCGCAGGACGAGACCGUCUCCGCCAUCAUGGAGAGGAUCAAGCAGGGCGACUUUAACCUCACUUCGCCAGCCUGGGAGGGCGUCAGCCGGGAAGCCAAAGACGUGGUGCAAGGUCUACUCACCGUGGAUCCCAGUCAAAGAUUGCGCAUGAGCGACUUGGAGAGGAACUCCUGGGUACAGGGCAGCCAAAACCUGCCACAAACACCUCUUAUGACGCCCGACGUGCUCACGGGCGGUCUGGCCGAAAGGAGCCUGAAAAACACGUUCGACGCCUUCCACAAGGCGCAGCGCGAAGGUUUCCGGCUGCAGGACGUUCUCAGUGCCAAAUUGGCGCAGCGACGUCGACUGAAGAAAAGUUCCUCAGACAACAAUAGCUCUUCUAGUUUUACGAGCGAAGGUUCCGGGAAAAGUGAUCCCACAACGCCUGUGUCCUCCAAAGCCAAAAUCACCUUGGACCAGAAAGAAGUCAAGGAUACUGCGGCUAUGUGCUUGGGCGAUAAUAAGGUUACCGAAUACUUGCAGAGAAUCAAUCCAGAUGUGAUAUCUCCCGACAAUUCGGUGAGCGUGAGGAGUUCCAGUUCAGCGGUCAGGGAAUCGACAGGAUCGAGCGGAAUAGCCGUGUCCGACAAGAGUUCCAUAGACACGAAAACGGAAAGGAAGAAGAGGGAGAGGAAGGUGUACGUGCAAACUAGACAAAGUGAGAGAAUAAGAAGGCAGCGGGUAGAGAUCGACUUGGAACCGUUGUUCCCGCCGACCAGCAAGCGAAAAAGGAAAUUCGAAGAUACCCUUCUGGAACAAAACGUGGCGGACGCCGACACGCCGCAGACCAAGAUUAGGAAAAAGGCCGCGGUGGCGCCAAUUAGGAAAGCUCAAAGGAAGAAGGUGCCGCGGUAGGCCGGAACUGUUGUAUGUGAUUAGUAGCAUUAUUUAUCAAAUUAGUUUAAAGUGAAUAAUAAAGUAAAAGUGUACAGUGGCGCACGAAGUUCGUACUCGGCGAUGGUGCGUGACCACCAAUUAACUAAACGCGCACCGACCGAGGGCGGCUUUCGUGCCAUUUUACAAAUUUUCUGAAUGUGAUAAAGGUCUUACAGAAUUUUUUGUUUGAUUAAAGGGUAUAUAUUUAUUUUUUAAAUGAGUAAAAGAGACACCCUUACAAAUCAGCGCAAAUUUUCCAUUUUAUAACACUGGUCAACAGCCAUUUUGCCGCAGGGUGGCCAACUACAUUUCUAGGGUAAUUUGGGUGCGCUGAUUCAAAAAAUAACCUCAAUUAGCCUUUGUUCUCGAGAUAUUAUAAAAAACUGUUUUUUUUUCCAUGUGCAAAUAUUUAAUUUCGUAGGUAUAUAUAUUUUUGAAAUAAAAUUCUUUAACUAUGAAGCUUUGAGUCCUAAUUUAACUAAAAAAAAAUUAUACACGUUUAUAAUGUUAGUCCCAUAAAAAAAACUAUUUUUAACGAAAUCACAAUCCACACAACAAGGUCUGUUCGAUCUCAUACUAAAAAUACUAAAAAUCACUGCACACUGAACAUAAUUUAAUGGCGGCCAUUUUUGCUGUUUACAAUUCUUGUGCUUUGGAUUUGUA